CCUCGAUGUAAUUUUCCUCAUGAAAUAAAACCCUGUCAAACCCGCCGCCCCCUUUUUAGGGUUUCGCCCGCCGUCUCCCCGAUCGCAUUCGCCCCCAAAAACCCCGAUGGCUUCAGAUAAGAAGCUCUCGAACCCCAUGAGGGAGAUCAAGGUCCAGAAACUUGUCCUCAACAUUUCAGUUGGAGAGAGCGGUGAUCGUCUCACCAGAGCCGCCAAGGUGUUGGAGCAGCUGAGUGGACAAUCACCUGUGUUCUCAAAGGCAAGGUACACUGUUCGGUCUUUUGGUAUUAGGCGUAAUGAGAAGAUUGCUUGCUAUGUUACGGUUAGAGGUGACAAGGCAAUGCAGCUGUUGGAAAGUGGGUUGAAGGUGAAGGAGUACGAGUUGUUGAGGAGGAACUUUAGUGAGACUGGGUGUUUUGGCUUUGGAAUCCAGGAGCAUAUCGAUCUUGGGAUCAAGUACGAUCCCUCUACUGGUAUCUAUGGUAUGGACUUCUACGUGGUCCUCGAGCGCCCUGGAUAUCGUGUUGGUCGUCGUCGCAGGUGCAAAUCCCGCGUAGGAAUUCAGCACAGGGUCACCAAGGACGAUGCCAUGAAAUGGUUUCAAGUUAAGUAUGAAGGUGUCAUCCUCAAUAAGUCGCAGAAUAUCACCGGUUAAAUUAUAUUCCCCUCCAUAACUUAAUCUUAGAUUUUAAUUGGUGAGAUGAGUUAUACUUCUGUACUUGAAUCUAUGGAAACUUGUUGUGGUUUCCUUUGUUUCCUUGGAAAUUUUGGACACUGAAUGUCUUUUGUUUGGUUUACGAUCAUAGUAGGCUUAUUUUUUUUAAUUA